UCCUCUCGCCCAGGUGCUGCCAGGCGCGCUCGCCUUUCGUCCGGCUCCCGGACCCCGGUGGAACGCACGGCCUGCUCCUGCUCUGCCCCGCUCGGAUCAUGCGGGGGGCCCCGGAGGAGGAGAGGGCGAGUGACCGGCCUGCGGCGGCCGCGCUCAGGGUGCGACCCCCUCUCUGAGACGCCCCACCUGCUGCCAUGUGCCGCGCCUCGGAUACCCAGUCUAUCGUCAAACUUUCCGGGUGCCAGCCCGUCUCUGAGUCGCAUUUCUGAGCGAGUGUCCCAGGGACGGAGCACCCAGGCUGGCUGCCGACUAUUUGUUUCUCUCGGGAUCCGCGAAGCUUCUUUUUUAGAGAGUACUUUCCCUGGAACCGGAGCCCUAACCGUCCCUCCCCACCCUAUCUGGCGAAGAGCUGAGCGCUGCCUGCGGAGGCAGCGCCUUCCCGAAACAGUUUAUCUUUGGACGAAUUUAAGAGAAAAACCAACAGGUUGCCAGCCGAGGCGCCACACACAAGUCGGCGGAAAGGCCGCCCGGUUUCCCCUGGCUGCGUGGGCCCCGCGCGGGCUGCGGCAGGCAAGGCGAGGGGAGGGAGGGGGCUAUGGCUCGGCCUGACCCGUCCGCACCGCCCUCCCUGCUGCUGCUGCUCCUGGCGCAGCUGGCCGGCCGGGCGGCGGCUGCCUCCAAGGCCCCAGUGUGCCAGGAAAUCACAGUGCCCAUGUGCCGCGGCAUCGGCUACAACCUGACGCACAUGCCCAACCAGUUCAACCACGACACGCAGGACGAGGCUGGCCUGGAGGUGCACCAGUUCUGGCCGCUGGUGGAGAUCCACUGCUCGCCGGACCUGCGCUUCUUCCUGUGCUCCAUGUAUACGCCCAUCUGCCUGCCCGACUACCACAAGCCGCUGCCGCCCUGCCGCUCGGUGUGCGAGCGCGCCAAGGCCGGCUGCUCGCCGCUCAUGCGGCAGUACGGCUUCGCCUGGCCGGAGCGCAUGAGCUGCGACCGCCUCCCGGUGCUGGGCCGCGACGCCGAGGUCCUGUGCAUGGAUUACAACCGCAGCGAGGCCACCACGGCGCCCCCCAGGCCCUUCCCCGCCAAACCCACCCUCCCGGGCCCCGCGGGGGCCCCGGCCUCCGGGGGCGAGUGCGCCGCCGGGGGUCCAUCGGUGUGCAAGUGCCGCGAGCCCUUCGUGCCCAUCCUGAAGGAGUCGCACCCGCUCUACAACAAGGUGCGCACGGGCCAGGUGCCCAACUGCGCGGUGCCCUGCUACCAGCCCUCCUUCAGCCCGGACGAGCGCACGUUCGCCACCUUCUGGAUUGGCCUGUGGUCUGUGCUGUGCUUCAUCUCCACCUCCACCACGGUGGCCACCUUCCUGAUAGACAUGGAACGCUUCCGCUACCCUGAGCGCCCCAUCAUCUUCCUGUCCGCCUGCUACUUGUGCGUGUCGCUGGGCUUCCUGGUGCGCCUGGUGGUGGGCCAUGCCAGCGUCGCCUGCAGCCGCGAGCACAGCCACAUUCACUACGAGACGACAGGCCCUGCGCUGUGCACUGUCGUCUUCCUGCUGGUCUACUUCUUCGGGAUGGCCAGCUCCAUCUGGUGGGUCAUCCUGUCACUCACCUGGUUCUUGGCAGCUGGAAUGAAGUGGGGCAACGAGGCCAUCGCGGGCUAUGCACAGUACUUCCACCUGGCCGCGUGGCUCAUCCCCAGCGUCAAGUCCAUCACGGCGCUGGCACUGAGCUCCGUGGACGGGGACCCGGUGGCCGGCAUCUGCUACGUGGGCAACCAGAACCUGAACUCGCUCCGCGGCUUCGUGCUGGGCCCGCUGGUGCUCUACCUGCUGGUGGGCACCCUCUUCCUCCUGGCGGGUUUCGUGUCGCUCUUCCGCAUCCGUAGCGUCAUCAAGCAGGGCGGCACCAAGACGGACAAGCUGGAGAAGCUGAUGAUCCGCAUCGGUAUCUUCACGCUGCUCUAUACGGUGCCGGCCAGCAUCGUGGUGGCCUGCUACCUGUACGAGCAGCACUAUCGCGAGAGCUGGGAGGCUGCGCUCACCUGCGCGUGCCCAGGCCCUGACGCCGGCCAGCCACGCGCUAAGCCCGAGUACUGGGUGCUCAUGCUCAAGUACUUCAUGUGCCUUGUGGUGGGCAUCACGUCGGGCGUCUGGAUUUGGUCCGGCAAGACUGUGGAGUCGUGGCGGCGCUUCACGAGCCGCUGCUGCUGCCGCCCGCGGCGGGGCCACAAGAGCGGUGGCGCGACGGCCGCCGGGGACUAUGAGGCGAGCGCAGCGCUCACGGGCAGGACCGGGCCUGUCCAAGAUGCUUUAAGGUGA